AAACCUUAUAAUUAGACACACAGCUAACAAGUAUAAGCAUCACAUAUUUUCACACAGUCUAUAAGUAUAAACAAUACAUGCUUGUCACUUCCAUGGCAAGCAAGGCCUACAGAGUGCAGGAAAAAUUGUUCAGAGAAAUCUCUGUUCCAGCGACAGGAGAGCGGGAGUGGGAUUGCUGUGGGGGUGCCUCGGUGUCCCCGUGCCUUGAUCCCUGGAGGGUGCGGGAGGCUGGAGAGAGGGGGGAGCUGUGAGAGCCCUGAGAGCCUGGAGAGGGGGGAGCUCAGGCCCCCUAUGCCGGGGCAGCGGUCAGGGCCGUCCUGUUGGUGCCACAUUGCCCCUGGUCAGGCUGAGCCCAGAGCCCGCCCACGUGUCAGGGGGCCUGAUCUGCUCCCUGCUCUCGUUGCCCUGGGGCAGCCUCUGGUGUCCCCCCGCCCGUGGGGCUGUUUGGGUGCCUUGGGCACAGCUGGCCCUUGUGCAGGGCUGUGCCCUUGGGGGCUCUUGGCAGAGAGCAGAUGUUUUUUGGGGAUGCCGGGCUGGGUUAGGGGCAGAGCCCCAGCGGUGGGUGGGGGGAUGCGGGUCCCCCCCACGGUGGGGGUUGGUGUUGCUGCGUCAGGCCCCGCUGGCUCCAUUGUCAGCCCGGUGCCGGUGGGGGGGACACAGCGGGUUUGGGGCCCCCCCAGGAGUGCCGGGGGUGGGUGUGGAGCCCGGGAGCUGCCGAGUGUGGAGGGCAGAGUGGGGCGAUGCCGGAGCUGGGGGACCCCCGGCAGCCUGGAGGGGGGAGCACGGAGAGAGAGGAGCCCUGGGACCCCUGGGAGCCUGAAAUGGGGUGUGGAGAAGGGGAAGCCUGGACAGUGGGGACCCCUGGGAUCCCUGGGACAACAGAGUGGAGAACCUGGAGAGAGGGAAUGUCUGGGAAUGCAGCACCCUGAAGGUGAGAGUCAGAGGAGAAGGAACCCUUGGGACCCCCAACAGUCCCAGCAUCUGUAAGUGGGACCCCCAGCAUCCCAGAGAGGGGAGAACCUCUGAAUCCCAGAGGGGAGAGAUCAGAGAGGGGGAACUUCUGGGAGAGUUUUGGAGUAUUUUUUAGCUGAAUCUCAAGGUUUUGCAGUUUGGGGGGACGGGGUCUUGCUAUUUCUGAGGGGCUUUUUGCCUGAAUCUGGGUGGUUUGGGUUUUUCUGGGCUGAAUCUUGGUGUUUUGGAGGUUUUUAUGGUCACAGGAUGCCCGGUGAGUUCUAGAGAUGGACUUGGGCAGGAGGAACCCCCAAGCCAACAUGCUCACACCUUGUUUUUUCUCCCAAUCCAGCAUUUCUCCUUCCCAAACCUUGACCGAAUGGUGGAGAAGGCUGCGAGGAAGAGGAAGAUGCCCCAGGACCCCCAGGCAGGCCCCAAGCUGAGGACGGAGAGCCCGGAGGACAAAUCCCCCCGGCAGAGCCUGGUGGGAGAGGCCGUUUUGAAGGGCUCCACGGCGCAGGAAGGCAGCGGGGAGGGAAAGCCACGAAGGUACCCCAGGAGGAGGGUCUCCAAAGCCAGCCCAGGGUGCUCUGAGGAGGAAAGAGCCAGCCUGUGCCAGGAAGGCGGCCAGAGCUUGAGCCAGAGUUCCAAACUGGUGGUCCUUGAGCAGCCUCCCAGCAGGGAGAAGCCCUUCAGGUGCUUAGAAUGUGGGAAGAGCUUCAGCAAGAGAGACCACCUGAUCCGACACCAGCACACCCACACUGGGGAAUGGCGCUACAAGUGUGUGGAAUGUGGGAAGAGCUUCAGGGACAGCACCGACCUGAUCCGACACCAGCACAUCCACACUGGGGAACGGCCCUACAUGUGUAGGGAAUGUGGGAAGAGCUUCAGGAUCAACUCCCACCUCCAUGCCCACCAGCUCAUCCACACCGGGGAACGGCCCUACAAGUGCUUGGAAUGUGGGAAGAGGUUUCAGACCAGCUCAGAUGUCCUCAGGCAUGAGCGGACACACACGGAGGAGAGGCCCUUCCGCUGCACCGACUGUGGGAAGAGCUUCAACCGCAACUCCACCCUCAUCAGGCACCAACGCAUCCACAGCGGGGAGAGGCCCUACAAGUGUGACGAGUGUGGGAAGAGCUUCACCAGGAGCUCUACCUUGACCUCACACCAACGGACCCACCAGUAAGGGAAGCCCUGCGAGUGCCCUGAUUGCAGGAAGAGUGUCAGCUGCUGUUUCCACCCAGAAUGAACCCCCUGAUGGUGAGGCAGCCCCUGGAGUCCAGUGACUGUCAAUCCAUCCCCUUCUACCAGAAAGGGCCAGUCCCUUUCACAGGGGCAGCUUCUUCCAACAGAACCCUUCCUGGGGAUGUGUGUGGAGAUUCCUGCCUUGGCUGGGGACCCCCCCAAGGUCACUCCUGGAGCUUGAGAGCAGAGAUCUCCCCACAAGCGUUGGUCUAGGGGAGUUCCAUACAUCUCUAAUUAAUAAUUAUUGCUUUUGUAUCAGCUUUAGUAGAAUUGCUUCAACAAUUGCUUUAGUGUAGAGCACUGUCUUAUCUCAUCCUGUAGUACUGGUUGUUUUAGUGUCUCUGUUGUGCAGUAAAUAAUUCUGAUGAAGAUCUUUUGUCUGAUCAUUUGUAACCCUAAAUAAUUCAUUUCUAUCAAUAGAUCUGAUUUGCCAUCAUUAAAACCUGGG